AUGGUCAAGAAUAAUCUCACCACAGUGACUGAGUUCAUUCUCAUGGGCUUUACUGACUACCCCCGACUGGAGAUUCUCCUCUUUCUGGUGUUUCUGAGUUUCUAUCUAGUCACCCUUCUGGGGAAUGUAGGGAUGAUCAUUCUGAUCCAACUGGAUGUCCAACUCCACACCCCCAUGUACUUCCUCCUGAGCCACCUUUCCCUUCUAGAUGCCUGCUACACCUCAGUCAUCACCCCUCAGAUCCUGGCCACACUGAUCACAGGCAAGACGGUCAUCUCCUAUGGCCAAUGUGCAGCCCAGUUCUUUUUCUUCACUAUUUGUGCAGGUACAGAGUGUUUCUUGCUGGCAGUGAUGGCCUAUGACCGCUAUGUUGCUAUUAGCAACCCACUGCUCUACACUAUGGCCAUGAAUCCCAGAAUCUGCUGGAGUUUAGUGGUGGGAGCCUAUGUCUGUGGGACGUCAGGGGCCAUCCUACGUACCACAUGCACCUUCACCCUCUCCUUUUGUGACAACAAUCAAAUCAACUUCUUCUUCUGUGACCUCCCGCCCCUGCUAAAGCUUUCCUGCAGUGACACAGCAAGCACUGAGAUUGUCAUUGUCUUCUUCGGCAACUUUGUGAUUUUGGUCAAUGCCUUGGUCAUCUUGACUUCCUACCUGCUCAUCAUCAAGGCCAUUUUGAGGGUGAAGUCUUCGAGUGGCAGGGCCAAGACUUUCUUCACAUGUGCUUCUCACCUCACUGCUGUGGCCCUUUUCUUUGGAACCCUCAUCUUCAUGUAUCUGCGGAGUGGCUCAGGCAAAUCCCUAGAGGAAGACAAGGUUGUGUCUGUCUUCUACACUGUGGUCAUCCCCAUGCUGAACCCUCUGAUCUACAGCCUGAGAAACAACGAUGUAAAAGUAGCCUUCAAAAAGGUCAUUUGUAGAUUCUAG